GUGUGGGGGCCGCCACUUUGGUUCUUCUUGCACUCGAUGACUCUGGCGCUGCCAGAUCCAGUGCCACCCGAGCAGCAGGCUCAAGUGAAGAGCUUUGUCCUUUCCCUCCGCGAGGUCCUACCUUGCCACACCUGUGCGCACCACUGGAGGCAGCAGCUCGAGGAGGAUCCCAUAGAGCCGCACUUGUCGAACCGCACCGCGCUGGUGGAUUGGAUGAUCGGCAUGCACAAUCAGGUGAACAAGAGAAAUGGACAUCGCAUCUUCACCCGGGAGGAGGCUUUGGUGGAGUUCCAGCUCGCCUACGACAAGUUCGGGCGCUGGGGAGGGCGCGGGGCUCGAGGGGUGUACCCUUUGAGAUUCUUCCCCGGUUUGGCUGUGUCGCUCUCCUUGCGUGGGUGCAUCCUUUUCAUUGCGUACUUGAUUCCGCCGUUCCUCUCGGGCGUCCCUAGGGUGUUCUUCUCCUUGCCUUUCUACGUGAUUCUGCCCAAGAAGGACCUUGUGAUAUGUCAGCUGCAGUUCGUUCUCCCACUGAGCUCAUCGAGGGUGCAAUGUCUGUGGAUGGACAAAUUACGGGUGGAACUGGCGGCAGUCCAUCUAGAGCUAAGCGUGCCCGUGAACCUGCGGGUGAUCGAGAAGUACUGGAUAAUGGACGUAGAGCAUCAUCCCCUGGAGAGCGACGUUCAGAUUCGCUUAACAGCUGUUGAGAAAGACAACCAGAAGGGCAGGGUUGACAAGGAGGCCAUCUUUGGUAGAAUUGCACAAAAUGAGAAGAGACAGGGUGAAACCAGUGCAAGAUUGGCAAAGUUGGAGAAGGAAGUGGUGCUCAAGGUGCUGCAGUACAUCCUGCCAAUGUUCCCCCUAACUUCGGCGGUUCUGAAGGGCGUGAUCUCCCCGGAGAAUGUGAAAGAGCUUGUGGAUGUUCAGGAGAUCACAGUCUUUGGCCAGGAGGAGAAGUUCACAUGGUUCCAUGUUGAGGCGACGGAAGAGGCAUCGUACGACAUUGAUUGGGCGAGUGGCACAGUAUGGAUGGGCGAGUGGAAAUUGGGAUCAACAACACACAGACAACCGACACAUAAUGAGGAUGUGAAGUUGCUAUCCUCGGGAUGGGUCGAUCUCAAUGCCGACUCUCUUGCCGUAGGCAACAAUGUCCCAAUUGCAUCGUCUACUUUGAAGCCUUCUGGUGGAAAACAUUUCCUUCGCAAGAUGGCUUCUUGGAAUUUGGGUGGUCAAGCUCUGUCCAAGACAGACUUGGUUGCAAGCUCACUUGAUUUUCUUUGUGUCCAAGAAAUACCACGUGGAGAUACCGGAUGGGAUGAACAAAUCACAGACAACUUUGUUUGGCUUUCUCAUCGAAGCCCAGCACAAUGGAGGGGAGUUGCCGUUGCUGUUUCGCAUGAUCUCUUCGACUGCGUUACUGAUCGGACGGCCAGUACGUUUGCAGCAGCCUGGGUGGUUCGUCUUCGCAACUCUAAACGUGUCGUCCUUGCUUCCAUUCACCUCCCGACAGGGGUGUCCAUGGCCAAGUACUAUGAAGCGGUUGUGGAAUGCAAAAACAUGCUCCGUUGGUGGCAUGAGAAUCUACCAUACCUUGUCGGAGUUGAUUCCAAUGUUGAGCUUAUCUGGAAUCGAGCAGAGGUUCUUGAUCGUGACGGGGUGAAUGUCUGCAAUGGAGGAGGUAAGACUGACAAGUUCCUGGAGAUGGUUUCCGCCCUCCGCCUGAGGAUGAUUGCGCCAGUCAUGGAUGACAGAUGGAAACCGACACACUAUCCGCGUGAUGAGUCCAGGGAAGGGAGGCACAUUGAUUGCCUUCUCGUGCGUGGCAUAUGCACCAGCGAAGUCGAAGUGGAUGAGGACGUCAGAUUCAACAUCAACACAGACCAUGCCAUGCUUAAGAUGACGGUUGAAAUACAGCAAAGCAAGGGUGGACGUUGGCAAGAUGGGCGACCACGCUGGGUGUCUCAGCCAGACUCGCUCUUUGUACCUGAAACAUGGGAUGAUGUCAAGAACAUGGCUGAGACCUGCUCCUCCACUCGUAAAGCUGCGAAGUUUCGUGACGAUCCCGAGACCCUCGCCUUGAUUGCCAGAGCCAAAAACAGUUCGGGUGUUGAAGCAAAAAACCUCUGGAAGUCUGUGCACAAAGAGCGACGACAUAAACGACGUCAGUGGCAACAGAGCCGCAUUGGGGCGAUCCUUGCUGGAAGUUGGAGCGUCUGUCGUCAGAUGAAACGUGAGAAAGGGGUGCGCAACUGGUGGGGCUACCUUCUAGCUGACAAGUCUGCAAAGGAGGUAGGUGAGGACGUAAGCAAGCACCUCGAGACGAAAGUUUUCGACGAUCAGCUUGAUUGGCAUGCCGAGCUUUGCGGACGAGUUCGUGAGCUGGACUGCCGGGACAAUGACUUUGUGGCCAUUCAGCCUCUUGAAGUUGGUUGUGCGCUUAACCAAAUGCGAGCAAGUGCGUCACUUGGCCCUGACAAGAUUGGGGUGGACCUUCUACGUUGUCUUCAUGCCCACGCUCCUCAACAGCUUGCCAGGUUGUUCAAUGAAGUCCUAUAUACGGGUGUACUCCCGGAGGAAUGGAAUACAUCCCUCCUCGCUCUUUUGCCUAAAACUCGUUGGCCGAAGGGUGCACAUGAACUUAGGCCCAUUGCUAUGUCGUCGGCAGCCAUGAAGACCAUGUCCAAAAUUGUUAUGGCCAGGUCCUUCGAAGACAUACGUCAACCUUCACCGCGGGCGUGUGCUGGACGCAACCGUGGAUGUGCAGAUUUACAUGGCGCUUGUGGCCGACUUCGGGAUAUGACGCGAGAAUGGAGACUUGGGGUGGUGGCAGUCAAACUUGACAUUCGAGCUGCUUUUGACACUGUUCAUCGCAGGGCCGUCGCAGACUUUCUUUGUGGCCUUGUUCGGAGUCCAUCUGAGCUUCGCUUCAUGCUUCAGCUCCUGGAUGAUAACAGACUUGUUGGUUGUGCUCCAGGCGGUGCUCCCUUGGAUGUCCGCAGCAAUCGCGGUAUUCGCCAGGGUAGCCCAGAAUCAGCUGAAAUCUUUGGGCUUAUGAUUGCACAUGUUGUCCACCAACUCAAGGGUGGAAAGACAUGGAAGAAGCCCGCCCAACCAGUUGAUGACAUGCCUGCCGACAUCGGGUGUUACCAAGAUGACAUCUUUGUCUGGGGCGAAAACCCACGCAAAAUUGCGUCCAACAUCGAAAUGAUCUCUGCCGAGCUGAAGAAAUUGGGUCUCUCCUUGGCGGCUGAGAAGACGGCGGUGAUCUGCUCUAAGUACUACAAGGGUGUUCGAUAUAUGUCAAUCGAUGGCGUCCGCAUUGACUUUCUUCCCCCUGGAAGCUCUCUACGUGUGCUUGGACUUGACUUCGAUUUGGAUGCAGCUGCCAACCAACAGGCCAAAGAACUACAAUCCAGGGUGUGGACCGCCUUUCACUCCAAUAAGCACAUACUUUGUGGCCCAGGGUCCAGGCAUGAGAAGGCACGGGUCAUGAGCAUGCUCAUCGAUGGGUGUUGGAGCUGGUGUGCAGGAGCUGUUCAUUGGGAACAGGAUGACUUGACGGCCAUGAACUCCUUACAGCUUCGUCUUCUUCGGCUCAUCUUUGGGUGUAAACGCUUUCCUGACGAGGAUUGGACUCGCUAUAAUGCCAGGUCCCUUCGGGAUGUUCGCUAUUGGCUUCAGCAGAGUGGACGUGAGCGUUGGAGUAGCAAGAUUUUGAUGUUCGUCCACAAGCUGGUGGAUUACGCCAUCCUAGGUGCUUCAGAGCAGCGAAUGUUGAGCGUUCUCUCGCCUCGGUGCUGGGUGUUGACUGGCAAACAACAAGUCUGUGCAGAGAAGGGUGGAAACAAUUGUUGCCCAGGUGGCUUGAAGCCAUGGACGUACCAUGGUGUCGAGGGCGACAACUAUCAAUUGGUUGUUAAAUUUCGUUCUCUCCAGCACCGGUCUGUGAUGAUGUACUUCUUCGGUGUUGUGGGCGUCCAGUACGUGAGUUCUUAG